AUGGGGCUUCAGGAGGGCAAGCAGUCCUUGCCCUUUUGUUACUUUUUGACUUGGUGCGCAAUGAAGGAUGCCGAAGACCUUCAAGCAGAAUUGGAAUGGGGGUCCUCACGGCCAGAGUCACGGUGGAAGCUCAAUGCUUCUUCACGGUCUGAUCCACGCUUGGGGGAUGUGGUGGAUGGCAACACUGUUUGGGAGGCAAUGAUGACACUCAUCGCUUCAGUGAAUUUGGUCAUGAGCCACCGUGAUCGGAGAUGGCUUACACCGCUGGAGCUGUUGUCAACACAAGGCUUCACGAUUGAUGUGAAGCACAGCUAUGGCAAAGCUGUGAACAGUUUUUCCUUGCGUAGGCUUCAUGAAGAACGAGGAUUUGCCAUGUCCAUCCCAAAAUCCUCUCGACGUGCCAUGUGCCACCAAGCAGGAAAUUCGAUGCACGUGACUAUCAGUGGUAUGGCCUUCAUGUACAUCCUCACACAGAUCAUGAUGGACCCACAUGUCAUGAGUUUACAGGCGUUUGCACGUCGGCGAGAUGUGUCACUGACGCCCACCUCGAAACCCAUGAGUCCAAAGGCUGAUAAGAAACGCAAGCGUCAAGAGGACGAGCAGCCAACAUGA